AUGCAACAAAAUAGUCAAUAUAAUGACAUCGGGUCAUCUCUUUCUAGUCUAAUUUUAAGCGGUGGAAAUGGUAGCAACACCCUAGAUUCAAUCUUCACUCACUGUUCAUCAUCUGUACCUUCGAACUCAAUUCAUCGACCACUAGGGUCCUCAGUUUACCUGAAACAGAGAGAUUUGCUCCAGAAAUUCUCCGAGCAAAAUUUCGGGAAAAAAAGUCUGUCGAAUUUAUCUACAACGACCCCAAUCGGGUACCCACGGUGUUUAGAUUAUUCCAUCAAUCCGUACAAAAAGAAGCUUUAUAGAGGAGUGAGGCAGAGGCAUUGGGGUAAAUGGGUGGCGGAGAUCAGACUACCUCAAAACAGAAUGCGAAUCUGGUUGGGGACCUACGAGACCGCUGAAACAGCGGCGUAUGCUUAUGAUCGGGCGGCAUAUAAGCUACGAGGUGAAUAUGCGCGAUUGAAUUUCCCAAAUGUCCAGGAUCCGAGUCAAUUAGGGUUAAUCGGAGAUGGGCAGAGGUUAAAUGCGCUUAAAAGUGCGGUUGAUGCCAAGAUUCAGGCCAUUUGUCAGAAAUUGAGGAGAGAGAAAGCCAACAGGAAGAAGAACAAGAACAAGAAGAAGAGCGAGAGUGAGGAUGAUGAAAGAGAAAGAGAAAAAAUUAUGAAAAUAGAAUAUUCUUCUUCGAUUUCUUGUGUUGGGGAUGAAUUAAUGUCGUCAACAAGUAUGUCUGAAGAUGGGUUUUGGAAGGGAGAGAGUUCACAGUGUUCAGGGUCCGGCGAGUCAAAGGUGGUGGCAGUAGGUGGUGGUGAGUCGGAGUUUGAAGGAUGCUCUCUUGCUCGCUUGCCUUCUUAUGAUCCAGAGUUGAUUUGGGAAGUUUUAGCAAAUUGA